CGGAGAAAAAGUUCGAGAAAACAGAUGGUAGUGCACAGAAAACAGUCGCUAGCGAACUUUGAGGGAUUGCCGGGAUUGGCCGUAGGCGCUACCCAGAGGGCAGGGAGGUCAGGUGCAAGGGGCGGGGACCCUGGCUGGGGCGGGCCAGCCGGCGGGGCAUUUAAACAACAGUCGACCGUGGCGGGGACUCGCGCCGGCUCUGUGCCCUCCGUCCUCCCAGCUCCGGUACCGGCCACGCAAGAUGCGGUCUUCCUUGGCUCCGGGUGUCUGGUUCCUCCGUGCCUUCUCUAGGGACAGCUGGUUCCGUGGCUUCACCCUGCUGAUCACCUUCCUUGUCUAUGUCUGUUAUCACAUGUCCAGAAAGCCCAUCAGCAUUGUUAAGAGCCGCCUGCACCAGAACUGCUCAGCGCUGGUGAGACCUGAAAAUGACACCCACGAUCCCAACGAUACUACCUGGUGCAGCUGGAGUCCGUUUGACAAAGACGACUACACAGAGUUAUUGGGAGCUGUGGACAACGCCUUCCUAGUGGCUUAUGCCAUUGGCAUGUUUAUUAGUGGAAUCUUUGGGGAGCGGCUGCCCCUCCGUUACUACCUCUCAGCUGGAAUGGUGCUCAGCGGCCUGUUCACCUCCCUCUUUGGUCUGGGCUACUUCUGGGAUAUCCACAUGCUCUGGUACUUUGUGCUUAUCCAGGUCUGCAAUGGGCUUGUUCAGACCACAGGCUGGCCGUCCGUGGUGACCUGUGUCGGCAACUGGUUUGGGAAGGGAAAGCGGGGAUUUAUCAUGGGCAUCUGGAACUCCCACACGUCUGUGGGUAACAUCCUGGGCUCCCUGAUCGCCGGAGUCUGGGUGAACCAGCAGUGGGGCCUGUCAUUCAUCGUGCCUGGUGUUAUCACCGCUGCCAUGGGCAUCAUCACUUUCCUCUUUCUUAUUGAAUAUCCAGAAGAUGUGGACUGCACCCCUCCUCAGCACCAUGAUGACCAGGAGAAGGAACGGGACAACCCUGAGGAUCCUGUGAAUGGUCCCUAUUCCUGUAGGGAGAGUAAUGUGGACAUUGCAGCCAGCUCCUUCAAGGAGCCAGGCUCCGAGCCUGCAGCCAUCAGUUUUCUGGGGGCACUCAAAAUUCCGGGUGUGAUCGAGUUCUCGCUAUGUCUGCUCUUUGCCAAGUUAGUCAGUUACACCUUCCUCUACUGGCUGCCCUUGUACAUCUUCAAUGUGGCUCACUUUAGUGCCAAGGAGGCUGGGGACCUAUCCACACUCUUUGACGCCGGUGGCAUCAUAGGUGGCAUCAUGGCGGGGCUCAUCAGUGACUACACCAAUGGCAGGGCCACCACUUGCUGCAUCAUGCUCAUCUUGGCUGCUCCCAUGAUGUUCUUGUACAACUACAUUGGCCAGAAUGGAAUAGCCAGCUCCAUAGUGAUGCUGAUUAUCUGUGGGGUCCUGGUCAAUGGCCCGUAUGCGCUGAUCACCACAGCGGUCUCUGCUGACCUGGGCACACAUGAGAGCCUGAAGGGUAACGCCAAGGCCCUCUCCACAGUCACAGCCAUCAUCGACGGGACCGGCUCCAUAGGUGCUGCUCUGGGGCCCCUCCUGGCCGGGCUGAUUUCCCCCACGGGCUGGAACAACGUCUUCUACAUGCUCAUUUCUGCUGACAUCCUGGCUUGCUUGCUCCUCUGCAGGUUGGUGUACAAAGAGAUCCUGGCCUGGAAGGCGUCCCGGAGCAGAAGCAGUGGCUCUAGUCUGGUCCUAACCCACGCACGAUAGUAUUUUCCUCAAGUCCUAUGAGUUUAUAUAAACAAAUAUGAGGCCUCGAUUGGAAGAGCAGCAUGGAGGACGCCCAAAGUGCUCCCCAUGAGCAAGAGAACGGAAACGUCCAUCACAAGGUGAGGCAAAGCCUCCUGAUCCAAUCAGUUCAGCCCAAACCCACCCUGCCACUGAGGGUACAGAAGACUAUGGGAAGGGACUGCCGAGCACCCAGCAUGGGAAAAUGGAAGACUCUAAGGCCUGAGCUCUGGGAGCUGCAAUCAGAAGGGAUGGGGCUGAAAGCAGAAGGGAAGACCUGUUCAGACUCUUACUUGUUUGAAUUCCAAGCCAGGACCAAGGCCUGGAAAAGGUGCCUUAUCUCCUUCCAUGUUAAAUUAUAAUCUCUGUAAUUGGUCUGUACCUAUGGGGGCCUCUCACCUUGUUUCAAAGGUGCUGGGCCUCUCUGUUCCUUUGCCCAUCGACUGGUCUUGAUGUAUUUCCCCAAGCAAGACCCUCUUCUCUAUCCCCCACUGGUCCUGUUGGUAACGCAGCCACUCUGAAGCAUCAGCACUGCUCUCGCAGAGCCAAGGCCAGAGUGGAGCAAGGGGGCUGCCACGAGUACUGAAUGGAGGGGAACUCGCUCUUGGCUCCUGAGCAUCCCCAUCCUCAGAGUCCAGUACCUCCCUUGCCUCACCCUGAAGCUGCCUCAGUGGAUGAAGACAUUGGGUCAGUGCUGUGAAGACUAAGGGGCUUUGGGCACAACCGAAAAUGCCAGUGUGUGUUAAGCACUGGGUGCCCACCGCAUGGCAGCUCUCCUGUAGGGAUGAACAGGACAGUGGAUACGAGAAUGACUCAACACUGAGCAUAGGCAUCACAGUUAGCAAGAAACGAAUGUGACGCUUGACUCAGCCAAGUGGCCGCUACAGAGCGGCUGCCUGGAGCCAUCUUGCAGCCACCCUCCUGCCUAGUGUUUUGAUGCCCGUGCUCUUUCCACUCUGAGUCCUGGAUCACGACAUGCCAGGCUGACUCCUGGCAUUUCCGCCUGACCUCUAAGCUGCCCAUCAGUGCCAAUACAGAUUUGUUUUUGCCAAUUGUGCCUGUGCUUAUCCAUGGUGGGGCCUGGCAUAGCAGCAGCCUUGGGGCUCAUGAGGGGCAGUGAAGAGGCGUCGCAGGACCAGAGAGAUUGGUAUUCUAGGGCUGCUGUGACAGCUGCCAUUCCCAGAGGGCAUACUCGCGACACUGAUAACACGUGCAACACAGCAGGAGUCUAGCGCACCCCAAAGAUACAAACAUUGCAUUUACUAGAAGGCUGUGUUGGUCGGUGUGUUAAAGUAUAAAGCUCAUAUGCCCGAUCCUCACUUUGAUUCUGCAGGGAGCAAUCUGCCAGGAACCUCUUAUAUUCAAGACCUGGUAAAGGGCAGGGGCCGACACAUGGUAUUUUACUCAGUAGUCACGCAAUCUUUCUAUAAAGAAUUUUAACUAAUACUAUAUGGAAGGUGCAAACUUAAGGCGAAGCCAUGUUACUCCUAAACACCACUAGAUGGUGACACCAUCCCAUGGUAGAGUCUUGGGUGGGCAGGCGGUGCCAUUCUGUUCCAGAGAAGGAAGCCUGUGCUCCCCCCCACCGUUCCUUGAAGGUCAGUGCCUCAGGAGGGAUGCUUGGAGGUCUUGCCCCUCCCAGCCUCAUUAUUUACUACUUUCUGUUUCCUCAUCUAGAACAGGAAUAACAUUGGCCCACAGCACUGAUGUGAAAGGAGAUAGUGCUGGUCACACUCGCUGCCCUUAACACAGAACAGGAAAAUAAUAAACAACACAAGCCAAAAAGUUGAGGGCUACGCCAGUCAUCAGUCCAGACCUGAUGGACAGCCCAUAGGGGUGAGCCUGGUAGCUUCAAUGGGACAGCUUCUGAAGGAAGAAUUCAUGGGCUUUGUAUGACAAGGCAGUGAGAGGUGGAAGGCAGUGGAUGCUCACGCGAAUCUUGUCAAGCCUUCCUAGGUGAGGCAUGAGGAGCCGGGCCUGAACAGACACGUGCACUCCAGGCAGACAAGAGAGACAUUAGAAAGCGUCGGCAGAUUUGUGGGAGCCCAGAGCAGGGCCUCAGAAAUGAGGGCUUAGGCUGCAGGUAUACGCUGGGGGGGAAUCGCAAAGGUUGGAGGACACCCCCUCCCCAGAUGUACCCUUUCGCACUCACUUGCCAGGCUAGGUUCUCUGCAACCCCUUCCAGCCGCCCAUCCCAGUUCUGGGCACAGUCUGUUCACCAGAGGCUCAGUACCUGUCUCCUCUCAGGCCUCUGCGCUCACACGGGGCUAAUGCAGGAACAUUACGUUAAUUAGUUAUUCGUUUAAUUUAACUUCACAUUUGGUCUCAAUUAAGCUUAAAAUGUUCUUCCUCAUAGAUGCUACAAUAGCACGUGUAAUUAAAAGGCAA